CUGUUUCUGUAGCUGACUGCUUCAGAGCCAGCAGCAACCACUACUGUUUGUCAGGACAGCUCCCACAAAACAACUCAUGUUUUCACAGUUUGUUCUCUAUAGAAAGUUUAUAGAAGAAAGCAACGAUUAUGUUUAAUCCAUCUAGGAACCUGGUGUAAUGUGGAAUCAUAUCCAAGCAACAAGGAAAUUUUUAACAACACACAGAUAUCAAUGACUGAAGAAAAAGUCUGUCCUUCAUAUCACUCAUCAGCACAGUGAUGGAAGGGAGAAGAGCAGAUGGAGAGCCAUGUGGCAACACUGAAGUUGCUACCAAGCAGGUGGCCCAAUGGGAUGAUCCAAUGAUGCCAAAAGAACUGAGACUCAUCCUGGUAGGGAAGACAGGAAGUGGGAAGAGUGCAACUGGAAAUAGCAUCCUUGGCAAGAAAGUCUUUGAGUCAAAGCUCAGUUCCAGGCCAGUGACCAAGAGCUGCCAAAGAGAGAGCAGAGAAUGGGAUGGAAGGACACUUGUUGUCAUCGACACCCCAGAUAUCUUUUCCUCCAGACCCCAAACAAAUAAAGAUCUGGAGAUCUGUCGCAGUAUGGUGCUCUCAUCGCCAGGGCCUCAUGCACUGCUUCUAGUGAUCCAGGUGGGCCGGUACACCAGUGAGGACAAGGAGACCCUCAGGCGCAUCCAGGAGAUAUUUGGAGCUGGAAUCCUGUCUCACACCAUCCUUGUCUUCACCAGAAAAGAAGACUUGGGGAAGGGAACCCUGACAGAAUACUUAAAUGAAACAGACAACAAAAGCUUAUUGUGGCUGAGUAGGGUUUGUGAAGGAUUUCACUGUGGUUUCAACAACAAAGUUGAAGGGGAGGAACAGGAGGUUCAACUAAAGGAAUUGAUGAAGAUGGUAGAAGGGGUUCUCUGGAAAAAUAACUGGCACUAUUACUCAAAUGAUGUAUAUGCCUACAUUCAGAAAAAUAGUAAGCAGUUAAAAGAGGAGAUGGGAGAAGAGCCAACAGGUCAAGGACAGAGUUCUAAGGGAGCUUUGUGUAAGGAGAAUAUGACAUCAGUGGAGCCAGAUCAGACCUAUUCUGCUCCAGAAAAUCUGAUGAACAUUCAGAGGAAAUAUGAGCAGCAUCAAAAAUCAGUGCUGAAUAAGGAAUCCCAGACCCCUUGGGUGGACAGCCACUCAAUAUGGCGUACUUUAUGGGGAUGUUUCUCUGUCUGAAUCCCCAGAAUUCCUUUUUUCUUCUCUUCCACCAUCUAUGGGCCACGCCCAGUUUGCUGAGCCCAAGCACUGUGAUAGAGGAAAGAACUGAGAGCCAGGAAACAGGACAGAAGAAAACUCAGGGAGGUGUCAUUAGUCAGGGUAUCACUGAUGGCAAGUAGCCUAGACUAAACAACUCCAUCUCAUGAUAUCUGUGGGGCAGUUAUACUUUUCAGUGAAUUUUUCCACUAAUAAUGUUAUUUGAUUUUUUUAUAACCCUGCUGAUGAAAAAAAAAAAAAAAGAUUCACAGGUACAAAAGGCUGUUAGGAAUAAUUCAAUUCAAUCCCUUCAUUUUUCAGAGUAAAAUCUGAAAGACCCAACUGCCCAUCAUAGCUCUACCAAUGAUUAGUUCAGUGGCUUGAAUAAGUUACUUCAUCUGAUCCAUUUUAUAGGUGAGGAAAAUGUGGAAGGCAGAGUUAAUUGAUUUGCCCAAAGUGCCACAGCUAGCCAGUGUCUGAGUCCAGAUUUGAUCUUUCUAGCUGUCUUUGAAUACCUUAUUUUAGAACUUUAGAACUAGAACUUUAGUUCUAGGUGUUGAUCUAAAUCUAAUUUCCUCUAUGCUACUACCCAUUUUUGUCAAUACAAUGAAUUUUUAUCUUAGUACAGAUCUUUAUGUUUUCUUUUCAAGUUUUAUGGAUAUCCUCAUGAUUGAUGAAAAUAGAACUGGCCUUAAAUUAGACAAAGAAGAUAAUAACAAAUAAUAAAUAACCACGCAUAAUAUGGGCUAAUGCCCACUGUUGAAAGUUGCUUCCUGACCAGAUACACUUUCUUCAGUAACCUGCCAUCAUACUUAAAAUUCAAACUUUUAGAUGUUGAUUCCUUUGGGUAAUUUAGGUUUUGACACCUAAUAAAAUGAAAAUGCUCCAAAAAAGGGUAAAAAUCCUACUCAUAUUUUGACAAUCAGUUCAAACACUUCCUCCUUCCUUGUUCUUGCCAGGAAGAAUUAUCUCUUUAGUCUUUGAACACAGCUGGCACUUUAUGAAAUAGCUAAUGAACUAUCAUAUUCUAUUUUGUUUCAGUCAUAUAUAUGCUCAUAUCUUAUUUUACCUGAUAGCUUGUAAACUCCUUGAAGGCAAGCAUCUUAUCUUUGGAUCUCAGAAGGCUUUGUAUAUAUAGCUUCAGUAGAUUUUUAUUAAUUGAAAUGAAUCAAUAAUGAAAUAAAUAGUUUGCACCUUAGCAAAGAUUAAUUUGAUAGGUCAACAGAGAAAGCACAGAGAAGGAUCUUAAGAGGAAGAAAUCUAGAACAUGCAAGAGUUGUUAUAAGGAGGUGUUGUAAUAACAAGUAACUAUAAAUGAAUGAAUGAAGCAGAAGAAACUAUUUGGGAUAGUAAGCCCUAGCUGGGGAAGAAUGAGAAGAUGGAAGAGCAUAGCAAUACCACAAGAAUUUAGGAAAGGAGCUUAAACAGGGAGAUUUGUUAACAAAUCUAAUGGUAUCCCAAUUUCAUGUCAUUCCCAAAUUUGAUGAGCAUAUCUGUAUACGCUGUCUGGCACAUAAAAACUUAUGUGGAAAAAUCAAAUGAUAUUCAAAUUGUCCUUGAUGGGAAAGCUACCAAAACUUAUUACAGACUAGUUUAGCAUAGUGCAUGGCAUGUAGUAAGUGCUUAGAAAAUGACCAGUUGAUGCAUCUAGCUGAGUCCCAUCCUUCCAUUUAUUUAUUUAAAAAAAUCAUCUAUUGAAGAGUAAACAGCUGCCUAGCUCCAUGCUACAUUCCAUAGGGGUCACAGAGAGCCCAAAUAAUAGGGCUGUGAUUGUGAUUGUGGGGAAAGGGAAAAAAAAAGGUUUUCAAGAGGACAUAGGAGAUAACUAUUAUGAACAAAUGAUCUUUGCAAUGAAGUAAAACUCAAAUACAAACAAAUCUCUGCAGAGCCACAAAUCAACAUUAACUAUGCUAUAUUGUAGCUUUAUUUAUUUUUCUCAAUAUUUUCCAAUACAUUUCAAUGUGGUUUAGUUAUAUUUGAGAGCAUUUGACUCCUCUGUUUUACAGUGUUAUUGAAAAUCACAGAUACCCAAUACUAAAGGAUAUGAAGAAUGCUAAUUACCUUAAAAAAGGUAGAAUGACAAAUUCAAAAGUAGACAUUAGACCUAGAGAGGCUGAAAAUAAUUAUAUAGUCAAAUCAUGAAUAUACAAUUUGACAGCAGUGAAAUCAACAAUAAACUAAAACUUAAUUAUUUACAAAAUUGGCAUUUGAAUGAUCAUAGGCACAGUCACCUGAAAAGUGACACUGUAAGAGAAGAUUACUUCUCUUCAUUUUUGAAAACAACCCCAUGAUAUUUAGUUUACUUGGGAUAACAAAUUCUUUUUGGGAGAAUUUUUUGUUUUCUUCACAAAAUAAAACUUAUAAUAAUUUUCUUUUUUAAAAAAGAGAAAGAGGAAAAGAGAGAAAGAAAAAACAUCUUCCCUACUAUCCUCUUGUGAUAGAAAAACAUUUUUAAUUUUCUCAAACUCUGAUUCUUAAUAGACACUUACUUCAUAAAAUUGCUUUUAUAAUCUGUUUCUUCAUAAAAAUAAGUUGAUAUGUUUCUAAUAAAAACAGUCCUUACUAUCCUUA